ACCAAGCCCAGGCAACGCACGUUGCCCUGUCGUUCGCCUGGAAUCCAGGGAGACGCACCGACACAGGAGCACAGAGACGCAUCGACACAGCAGCACGCCGCCUGACGCCGACACCAGCGCACCGCACCGAACCUGGAGCUGAGUUUGGGGAUCAAAUCGGCAAGAAUUCGGGGAAGAGAUCAACUGAUCAAGAUCAUCAUUCAGAAGCAUAAUCAUGUUACCUAAAAAACAUCUAUCUGGCUGUGAGAAAAGAAACAACAAGAAAAGAGUAGACAAGUUGAUUAAAUCUCAGGAAGGCGCUAUGGAUAUGUUUGUCUUGAGGACUGGUGCUGCUACAAAUUCAGAGCAAUUAUAUAUCACAAAUGGUGAAGAAAAACCUGAUGAUACUAAGAAUGCCGUUGAGGAAAAUCAUGUCGAGAAAAAUAAUGCUGCGGAAAAUGAUGCCGAUCAGCACACGGAAAAUUUUAGUGACCAUGAGAAUCUUGGAAAUGCAGAUGAGCAGGGUUCUUCUUUUGAUAUAUAUGAUCCUAGAACUUGGAAUAUUCUUGACAAUAAAUCAAGAGAUAUUCUCAUUGAAAAAGGACCUAUAAGGGAAUACAAUCUUGUGUUUCCCGAAGAUGAAAUUAGUGGCAGGCAUUUUUCAUAUGAUUACUACACAAGAAAGUUAAGGAAUGGCGAGUUCAGUGAUCGGAGGUGGUUAGUGUACUCUAAACACGUGAAUAAAGUCUACUGCUUUUGUUGCAAAUUGUUUAAAUCUGGAAAAAGCAAAAGUCUGCUAGCAUCCGAGGGAUUGAAGGAUUGGAGACAUCUUAGUGAGAAGCUCAAAUUGCAUGAGAAUAGUGUUGAGCAUAUCACUAACAUGAAUACUUGGAAUGAGGUAAGGCUGAGGCUAAGUAAGAAGGAAACAAUUGAUAAAGACAUGCAACAAGAGAUUGCAAGGGAGAAGGAGCGAUGGAGACUUGUUUUAAUUAGAAUUGUUGCUGCUGUGAAAUUUCUUGCUAAACAUAGUCUGGCUUUUCGAGGAUCGAAUGAGAAAUUAUAUCAAGAUAACAACGGAAAUUUUUUGGGAGUAAUUGAAAUGAUGGCAGAAUUUGAUCCUGUAAUGCAAGAGCAUCUUCGGCGCAUUAAGAAUAGUGAAAUCCAUCAUCAUUAUCUUGGCCAUAAUAUUCAGAAUGAGUUAAUUUCCCUUCUUGGUCGCACUGUUAAAUAUUCUCUGUUGAGGAUAAUUAAGGAUGCAAGGUAUUUCUCUGUCAUCUUGGACUGUACACCUGACGUGAGCCAUCAAGAACAAAUGACUCUAAUUGUGAGGUGCGUAAACAUGUCAAGUACUACUACAAAAAUAGAGGAGUUUUUUCUGGAGUUCUUGAAGGUGGAUGAUACAUCCGGACUUGGACUUUAUAAUGUGUUAAUAGAUUCACUUAAAUCUGUUGGUUUGGAUGUUAAAGAUGUUCGUGGACAAGGGUAUGACAAUGGUUCGAACAUGAAGGGAAAACACCAAGGGGUACAGAGCAGACUACUUGAAACUAAUCCAAGAGCAUUAUUCAUGCCAUGCGCUUGUCAUAGCCUGAACCUUACUCUUAGUGAUAUGGCAAAAUCUUGCGGUAAAGCUGUUACCUUCUUUGGUGUUGUGCAAAGAAUUUAUAUAUUGUUUUCAAGCUCUACUAAAAGAUGGCAGCUAUUGCUUGAUCAUGUUCCAAAAAUGACAGUUAAGUCUUUGUGUAACACUCGAUGGGAGAGUCGAAUAAAGAGUGUUCAGGCUAUCAGAUAUCAAGCACCCGAGUUAAGAAAAGCAUUACUGGAAUUGAAGAGAACUUCUACCGAUGACGCCAAGACUAAGAGCGACGCAAAAUCUUUGGCUAGCGCACUUGAGAAAUUUGAAUUUUUACUUGGCAUGGUCAUUUGGCAUGACAUUUUGUUCACUGUAAACAUGGUGAGUAAGAAGUUGCAGUCUAAGUUUGUGUGCAUUGAUGUUACUCUUAAACAGAUUGAAGGUGCCAUCUCAUAUUUUAAGAAGUACAGAAAUGACGGCUUUGCAACUAGUCUGGAUAUUGCGAGAUCUAUUGCAAUUGACAUGGGUGUACAACCUUUGUUUCCUGUCAAGAGACGUAUUACUAGAAAAAGACAGUUUGAUGAAAUUAGUGGCAAUGACGAAAAUAACCAGAAUGAAGAAACGCAAGCAAGUGAGGUGGAAUCAUUUAGAGUUAAAUACUUUUUGGUGAUGAUUGAUGUUGCAAUUGCUUCCCUAACUACUAGAUUUGAGGAACUGAAGACAUUUGGGAGCAUAUUUGGUUUCUUGUUCAACUCGAAAGAGUUGAAGUCCUUGGGUGAUAAUGAUCUAAGAAGAUGUUGCACUAAUUUUGUCAACAAAUUCACUCAUGGUAAGUCAGCAGAUGUCGAUCUAGAUGAUUUCGUUUCUGAACUAAAAGUACUGCAGAUGACAUUGCCAAACACAUUCAUGUCAGCGGAUCAGAUAUUUGAGUUUGUUAGAGAUGCGGAUUGUUAUCUAAAUGUCUCAAUUGCUUAUCGUAUCCUUUUGACCGUACCUGUGACUGUUGCAUCAGCUGAAAGGAGUUUCUCAAAAUUGAAACUAUUGAAAAAUUAUUUGAGGUCAACGAUGUCUCAAGAAAGAUUGAAUGGAUUGGCCAUGUGCUGCAUUGAGAAGAAUAUGCUGGAUAGUAUUGAUCUUGACACUCUCAUUGGUGAUUUUGCGUCAAAAAAUGCACGAAAGUCUCGCUUCACAUGA